AGCCAAUUGGUUCACCCAACAGUUUUUCAGAUUAAACGCAUCUUUCUUUACUAGUCAUAUUUCAAUUCUUCAUAUCAUCACCACGUCAAUUAUAUAUAUAUAUAUAGCUUGUGAUGGAUAUGGAGUUGUUCUAUAUCUAUCCCGAGAAAAAGGCUUAGUGGGUACUCUAUAUGUUGCGUGAGAAAGUAGUGUUUUUUGUAUUGUGAGGCCUCACUCUGUCAAAGAUCAAUCAGGGAGACGGAAAUGAGGUUUCUGCGAUUGGGUUUCUGAGUAUUUUAUCUCUUCUUUCAACUGGGUAUUUGCUAGUUUUUGAAAAUUUUGGAGAGAGAGAGAGAGAGAAAAAUGGUGGCCUUUAAUGGAUUCUGGACAAAGAAGACAUUGGUGGGUCUUGGGUUGGGGCAAUUUCUUUCUCUUCUGAUCACUUCCACUGGCUUUUCGUCCUCCGAACUGGCCAGAAGAGGCAUUAAUGCACCGACAUCGCAGUCUUUUCUAAAUUAUGUGCUCCUAUUUUUAGUGUAUGGAGGCACUUUACUAUAUCGAAGGAAAGCUCUCAAGGCAAAAUUUUAUUACUACAUACUUCUUGCAAUAGUAGAUGUAGAAGCAAAUUUUCUUGUGGUGAAGGCAUAUCAGUACACAUCCGUAACAAGUGUUAUGCUACUGGAUUGUUGGUCAAUCCCAUCCGUAAUAUUCCUUACCUGGUUUUUCUUGAAGACAAAAUACAGAUUCAAAAAAUAUAUUGGUGUUGCUAUCUGUGUUGCUGGCCUUGUGGUGGUUGUCUUUUCAGAUGUACAUUCAAACAACCGGUCAGGAGGGAGCAACCCACUUAAAGGGGACAUGCUAGUGAUAGCUGGGUCUACACUUUAUGCUAUCAGUAAUGUCAGUGAGGAGUUUUUUGUGAAAAGUGCUGAUAGGGUUGAACUCAUGGGAAUGUUGGGCCUUUUUGGUGCUAUUAUCAGUGCUUGCCAAAUAAUCAUACUCGAGCAGAAUGAGCUCAAAUCUAUCCACUGGUCAGCCGGAGCAGUGAUUCCUUUUAUUGGAUUUGCAUUGGCGAUGUUUCUGUUUUACUCAGGUGUCCCCAUAUUGCUGAAGAUCAGCGGGUCCACAAUGCUAAACCUGUCUUUACUGACUUCAGACAUGUGGACUGUUUUAAUUCGCAUCUUCGCUUACCGUCAGAAGGUUGAUUGGAUGUACUUCAUAGCCUUUGGUACUGUUGCUGUUGGGCUUGUUAUUUAUUCCGGGGGUGACAAAGAAGAGGAUCAAAACCGCGCUGAGGUUGCAGAUGAAGAGGCUGAGCGAAGCAAGCAUUUUGAUGAGGAGGCUGGUUCGGGAAAUCCUAAUCAGAAAACUACAGCUGGGUGCUCAAAAACUGGAGAUAGUAGUAGUAAGAGUGAAUUUGCUUCUACUAGCAGUACUGCAAUAAAGGACACUGAAAGUAGGACACUGGGAAAAGAUACACAAGGGAAGAAGAUAUGAAUUUUUUUUUUUUAUUAUAUAGGAAAUGAUACUUGCGUCGCGAUUGAGUAACCAGGGCAUUGGAACGAUGCGAUUCAAAUAAAAGAAUUGAGGAAGUUGUGAAUUGCAAAAUUGAAGCUUCUUUUCUUGCUUUAUGUUUCAAUUUAGGUGGAACUAGAAAUAAUGCAUGCGUGUGGAGCUAAGUUAGAUUUUCUUACUCCCCCUUUUCUUUUUUUUGACACGGUGUACUUGUGAGCCCUAAUUUGGGAAAGAAAUAAGGUAAAAAAAACCAGCUGAUCAUGAUAAACUGGCAUCGAUUAGAUCAAUUUUGUGGAAAACAACUGGUUUCUAGCUUUAAACGAUUGCCGCCAGUUCAGCUGGCAAGUCCAGUUUGAUUUUCAAAACCUAGUAGAAAUAAUUUGUUUGAAAGUGCAGUAUGGUCGUGUUGUAAAUGGAAUUUGCCAUGUAAACAA